GCUUGGUGAGCUAAAAAAAACCGAAAAAAACGCCACCUGCUGGAGCAGACAAAUGUUUUGCUCAGUUAUCCCUCUCGCUUCGCCUCUUCCUCUCUGGUUUAGUUUGACAACAUAAAAUCGAAUCAUAACCCGGACAGAUAUCUCUAAAUUCGUUAUCGCUUUACUCACUUGCGGAUAUGACAUUACUAUGUCUGACUAUGGACAUAAUAUUUUGAUAGACAUUUGUCCAACGAGGUAAGUUAACGUUUGCUUGUUUAAAAUAGUUCACUGUUAGCCUGCUUGCUAGCAAGGACAUCAACCAACGCAUAGCUGGCUAGCUAGCGAUAGCUGCAUUAUUAUUAGCUAACUAGCUAAUUUGUGACUACCUACAGUCUAACCUACUGUUUACACAUGCACAAGUAUUCAACAUAUGCAUUGUUAGUUAGCAUUGUUAUUUCCGGAUUGCGCGAUUGACAAUAGGCUUUGGCGUAGGGAACAUUGUGUCCUGUGACCUGCAACUAGCAGUAUCUUGUAAUGUUAGCGCAUAGCAUAGCUACUUCAGCUGUAUAGAGUACAUUGAAUCAAUGUACGACCUGUUUUUACCUUGUCAGGCAUUUGAUAACAUGGUCAUGACUGCUACGAAGCAGUACAGUGUAUGUUUGACCUUUGAUCCUUCCUAACACAAACCCAGUCAGUUUAGACAUAGCUCAGGCCUUGUUUUCUGAUGUAGUAGUUUGUGAACCAUUGUCAUGAUACUGGUACAGACUUCAGACAUUUUACAUUUUAGUCAUUUAGCAGACGCUCUUAUCCAGAGCGACUUAGUUAGUGAGUGCAUACAUUUUCAUACUGGCCCCCCGUGGGAAACGAACCCACAACCAUGGCGUUGCAAGCGCCAUACUCUACCAACUGAGCUACAGGGGACUAGUGCCAUCUAGAAUUCAUUACAAGUCGAUGCACAUUCAAUAUAUAAAAUGUAUUGGGUAUAUGUUGUGAAAUUAUUGGGUAUAUGUAUUGGGUAAAUGUUGUGAAAUUGUUAGAUAUUACUUGUUAGAUAUUACUGCUCUGUCGGAGCUAGAAGCACAAGCAUUUCGCUACACCCGCAAUAACAUCUACUAAACACGCAUAUGUGACAAAUAACAUUUGAUGUUGUACUACGUUGUGGAGAAACGGUUGACAAAUUGGAGUACAUUCAAGACUUCCAAUGUUGUGCAACCUUGUGGAAGAAAACCUUUGACAGUGUUGUGUGGUCUGUAUUUCCCCAGGUAGAGGCUAGUCUGAUGAGGGGGCUCUCCAGAGAGGUAGAAUGCAACAGAAGAGGAACAUCCAGAUCAUUGAAUGGGAGGACCUGGACAAGAGGAAGUUCUACUCCUUCGGGGUAUUCAUGACCAUGACCAUCCGGGCCACCGUCUAUCCGGCCACCCUCAUCCGCACCAGACUGCAAGUGCAGAAGGGCAAGUCGCUCUACAACGGGACCUUCGAUGCCUUCUUCAAGAUCCUGCGGACCGAGGGCGUGCGGGGCCUCUACCGUGGCUUCAUGGUCAACACCUUCACCCUCAUAUCGGGCCAGGCUUACAUCACCACCUACGAGCUGGUGAGGAAAUAUGUCUCCAACUAUUCCAAGGACAAUACCGUCAAGUCUCUGGUGGCGGGUGGCACGGCGUCCCUGGUCGCCCAAACCAUCACUGUCCCCAUAGACGUGAUUUCCCAACAGCUGAUGAUGCAGGGCCAAGGGAAGCACCUGACUCGCUUCCGGGUCAAGCUGAAAACGGAGGCCGACGGGAAGACCAAAAUGGCGUUUGGCCAAACCAGGAACAUGAUUGCUCAGAUCUUUGCGGCCGACGGCUUCCGAGGCUUCUACAGGGGAUAUGUGGCCUCCCUUCUAACAUACAUCCCAAAUAGUGCGGUCUGGUGGCCUUUUUAUCACUUUUACGCAGGUAUAAAGGAGUGUUUGUUUACAAGGAUAUUUAUCCCAGGACCGGUUUCCCGGACACAGAUUAAGCCUAGUCCUGGACAAAAGCACUUCAUUGAGCAUGCUUUGAGUCCUGGAGGAGGCUUAAUCCGGGAAACCUGUCCUUAAUGUUAUUAUUACUAUUUUCUUCAAGAAGGGUUGGAGAUUAAUCAUCUCUUAUAAUAAUUAUAGUCCAUAUACAGUCCAUAUAGUCAACAUACAUUGUCUAUAAGGAGCAUUUCAAAGCACAAAUCUUCCACAACGUUUCACAGAACAGCUAUCCAAAAUGGCGCCCAGUGACUGCCCUCAUCUACUACUCCAAGCCAUGGCCGGACCACUAGCUGCUGCGACUGCAUCCACUGUCACCAACCCCAUGGAUGUGGUCAGAGCUAGAGUGCAGGUAGAGUGCAACUUCAGCUAAAUGUACUGGUGGAAUGUAAAGGGUCUGUUUGGAUAGCCACGUGUGGCCAUCAUUGGGUCCACUGUUUUCUCUAAUAGAUUUUAGUGGCACACUGGCACAGUGUAUAAUCAGGGAUAGGCAACCCUGGUCUUGGAGUGCCACAGGCACAUUAUAUAUUUUUUUGAUUCAAUAAAAUCCUUCAGUGUCUGUUGCACUCCACGACCAGAAUUGCCUACCCAGGGUCUAAAUCCUGGAAUAGAAAAUAGAAUUUUACAAAAAAAAAAUGUACAUGGAUAAAUACCUUUGUAACAACAGCCUUGUAUGUGUGUGACAGGUUGAAGGCAGGACCUCCGUCAUCGAGACGUUCAAACACCUGCUGGCAGAGGAGGGAUUCUGGGGGAUGACCAAAGGGCUGUCUGCACGCAUCAUAUCCUCCAUUCCCACCGCCAUUGUUAUGGUCGUGGGCUACGAAACCCUCAAGAGAGUGAGCUUGCGACCGGAGCUGGUCGACUCUAGACACUGGUAGAGGACAUUAGCACCCAAUCCCAAACCGACCCCUAACCCAUACCCUCUAUGCCCUGGUGAGGGGAUUAGGGGAUAGGUGUUAACAAUAUGGUAAUAGCUACACAUUUCCCACUUGAAUUUUCACCGCAUUAUAUAUACAAUCAUAGGGGGUAAGGGACACGGAUUGAUUUGGGAUUGGACAUGGUUGCUGCGGCCCUGGUUCCAAUUCGGCCUCUUGACCUCCCCUGACCUCACCACUGCAUAGGUGAUAGCAAUAGAGCACAAUAUUGGCCCAGGGACUGAAAUGGAACUGGGCCGAUAAGAUCUGCCUGCUCCUAUUCCUUAAUGGCUUCCUUGUCCUAAUUAUUUUGUUUGCCUUUUAAACUACUGUUGCCUUUUAGUGUGAAUUGGUGGGGAUUUUUAUCUUACGUUGUGAGUGAAUGAAGGAACAGUAGUUUGAGAUUUGAUGUCAUUAGAAUGUGUAAUUUGUGACUGGUACACCCUCAUGUUGGUUCUAGUGCCGAGCGAUUAACCGAAAUGUCGGUUAUUUUUCGUUUUUUAAACAACUAAUUGAUCGAUGUCUGUUCAAUUAUUUGAAUUCCAUUUUGUUCGUUUUUGUCUGAGUGCUAUAUGCAGUUUCUCUAGAGAUAAAUCAGAUCAAGCCCAAACUGUGCGAUUU